UCCCAAAAAUGUCCACUGUUGAAAAGGUCAGAGCACCAGCCUUCUUUUACUCCAAUCCAUUCGGAUUAUCUACAAUUACACCAUUAGUUUUCCAUCUUUCCAUCGUAAUAUUGGGAUCUCCAAUCACUUGUCCACCAUUUACUAGCAUGAAAAGAUCCGUCUUAAUCUGAUAUAAAUUGGUUUUGCCCACACAAAUCAAAGACUUUGCUCAAUCCUAUUUGUCUGAGGUACAUGUAAAAACCUCGGUGCCUUCUUAGGAGCUUCCCUUUGAUCCUCAGACAACUUGAGCCACAGCAAAAAAUAAUACAUCUUCAUCUUCAAGAGCCUUAAACAAAACAAAAACAUAAAAACAAAGAAAAGAAGAAGAAGAAGAAGAAGAUAAUGGCAUUCACAGGAACUCUGGAUAAAUGCAAGGCUUGUGAUAAAACUGUCUAUGUGGUUGAUAUGAUGUCUCUUGAAGGGCUACCUUAUCAUAAAUCCUGCUUCAAAUGCAGCCAUUGCAAAGGAUUUCUUUCGAUGAGCAGCUACUCCUCCAUGGAUGGAGUCCUGUACUGCAAACCUCAUUUCGAGCAACUUUUCAAGGAAUCUGGCAAUUUCAGCAAGAAUUUUCAUGCACCAAAGUCUUCUGAGAGGCAUGGCGAUCUGGCUCGAGCUCCAAGCAAACUCUCUUCCAUGUUCAGUGGAACCCUAGACAAAUGCACCACUUGCUCGAAAACUGUGUAUCCUCUGGAGAAGAUGACUAUGGAAGGAGAAUGUUACCACAAAUCAUGCUUCAGGUGUGCUCAUGGUGGGUGCACUCUUACACAUUGUUCCUAUGCUGCUCUUGAUGGAGUCCUCUACUGCAAGCACCAUUUUGCUCAGCUCUUCAUGGAGAAAGGAAACUACCACCACGUCCUCCAGGCUGCCGCUGCAAACAAGAAGAGUGCCUCGACACCGCCAGAACCUGCAGAGCCGGAGCCAAAGCCGGAAGCCGAGGACAACACAAAGGAGCAAUCUUAGAAGCCACUUUGAAUGGUUCCUCCCUGUCUUUCAGAGUUCUUAAUUAAUUAAUCAAAAAAAAUUUAUUGGGUGCAGACCCUCUCAUAUUUUUGAAUUCUAGUCAAACUUGUUCACAAAUUAUUUUGAGUUUGUAAGCUGAUUUGAGAAGGAGUUAUAUAUUGAUGUCUUUGAAGCAAACAAA